CUCCUCGGCCGGAAGUGGCGGGGCGGAGCCUCGGCUGCCGAUCCGCCGGGUGAGGCGAGGCGACGACGGCGACGAUGUGGUUCAUGUACGCGCUGAGCUGGCUCGCGCUGCUCAUCCAGGCCGCCUUCGUCACGCUCGGCAUCGCGGCUGGCUUGUACUACUUGGCCGAGUUGAUAGAAGAGUACACAGUGGCAACCAGCAGGAUCAUUAAGUACAUGAUCUGGUUCUCCACAGCUGUGCUGGUUGGGCUGUACCUCUUUGAGCACUUCCCAGGCCUCAUGGUGGGAGUGGGCCUCUUCACCAACCUGGUCUAUUUUGGAUUGCUGCAGACCUUCCCUUUCAUCAUGCUCACCUCUCCAAACUUCAUCCUGUCCUGCGUGUUGGUUGUGCUGAACCACUAUUUAGCGUUCCAGUAUUUUGCGGAAGAGUAUUACCCGUUCUCAGAGCUGGGGAGAAUGUGCUGCCUUCCACGGUGCAACCAGGAGACGAUGUGGUAUCGAACUACUUCACGAAAGGGAAGAGAGGGAAGCGGUCUGGCAUUCUGGUCAUCUUCUCGUUCAUUAAGGAAGCCAUCUUGCCCAGCCGCCAGAAGAUGUAUUGAGCCCUCCUCCCAGCCGCCCCUCAGUGUCUUCUGUUCACGAGGGAACACACUCACCCCAAGUGAAGCGAGAGGUCCCUGGGCCGCGGCCUUCCCCUCACCCUUUUGCCUGUCCAAGGGACACGCUUGGGACGAACAGACCGUAAAUUGCCAGGCAAGCAGCUGCAGACCUGGGCGGCCCACUCUCCGGGGCGGUUGUGCUUUCUUGACAGCCUGCUUGUGGCCAAGGAAGGCAGUAGCCCUGUCCAAAUCUGGAUCCUGCAUCUCUUAAACUGGUUGGAGCCCCGCAAUGAGCUGUUGACGUCUUCUUCACGUUUAAAAGCCAAAAACAUUUCGCAAAAGGUGCUUUUGUCCAUGGACUCACCUCUUCCCUGGUGUGAAGGUGUUCAAAGGUUUGACCGGGGUUCGAAUGGACUUAAUGAUCGACACACCCAAGCCCUUCCCACUGCCAAGAUUCUUCCAAAGAGUUUUAUUUGUCGAAAUCCAUGGAGAAGCAAUGGAGAGACUGGCUUUUCAUAGACACUACUUGUUCAGAACAUAUCGCGACUUUGUAGGGGAGAGGUGGGCAGGAGCCCAGAAUCCUACAUGUCUCUUUCUCGUUUUUUGGAGGCAAAUCUGUGAUCAGCAUUUGUGCAAAUGGAUCUUGCCUCAGUGACUAGGAAGCGGGAACCCCCUCUUGCCCCAUUUUGACUGGGGAGUCCUUUCAAGGAUGCUUCGGGGGGGGGGCAGUAUGUGUGGAGGCUAUAGACAUAACUUCAUUUGGCAAUCUAGGGAUGAUCAUUUGCACAGAUUUCCUAGAGCUGCACUAUUCUUGCAGCACUCGAGGUAAUAAAUUGAAAGCCCGGUUUUUUAAAAAAAAGAUUGCUGGCAUAUCUCCCCCCCCCCCAAUUCAACAGUUUUAAUAACCUGGAAGAACGCCGCCUUGAGUGAAAAUCAAGCUUA